AUGGAGAGCGACCCGUUUCGGGCCUCGGGCCACGGGAAGGAGCCUAUUGUGGUGCCGGCUCCGCUGCAAGACGGUUAUCACAAAGACGCAGACCUAAUGAUGAAGGACAGCGCGACCAUGGACACUGUGGAGUCCCCGCCGCUCAUCGGACUGACCGACUCCCUUUGUCCAAGCCCCGUGCAGAUCAAGGGCAUCGAGGUCGACGUACCGCAGCCAGCGCUCGAGCUGGGGGAGUCUGAGCAGAGCGCGCCAUCAGAGCCAUCGCCCAGGUCUCGAUCUACAAGAUCUGCUCGAUCUCACUCGCCCAAGUCGAACCGUUCUGGGCGGAGAGGCUACAGGAACCGCUCUCUUACCCAGUUCGAGGUUCGACUGGCAAUGCUUCGACACUACAUAGGAGAGCUCCUGAAUUCUCAGAAGUUUGAUUCCUUCCUUGGCCUCAUCAUCAUUGCCAAUGCUGUGAACAUAGGUCUGGACCUGACAUGGCGGGCGGAAGGCAAGGACACGACCAUCUGCGGUACGUUGGAACACGUUUUCCUGGCGGUCUACGUGGUCGAGCUGCUGAUGCGGCUCUUCGUCGACUGCAGACGGGCUGUUUCGGACAACUGGGUGCGUUUCGACACGUUCCUGGUCGUCGUCGGGGUGCUGAGCCAGUGGAUUCUGGAGCCCUUCUUCUCGGAUGUUUCCGAGGUGAACACCCUGAUCCUGCUCCGAAUGGCGCGGCUCCUGAGACUCGCCAAGACGGUGCGCUACCUGAUGCGCUUCCGCGAGCUGUGGCUCCUGGUGGCAGGUUUGGCGAACUCAGCCUACACAAUGAUCUACACCAUCCUUCUGCUCGUAGUGAUACUGUACAUAUUUGCAUGUCUCAUCCUGCAGCUUUUGUAUCAGCACCCGAUGAUACAAGAGGACGAGGAGUUUGCAAGGGUCGUGAAGGAGAACUUCAGUAACUUGCCAGCUGCCAUGGUCACGCUUCUUCAGUUUGUUUCCUUCGACAACAUUGUUUACGUGUACAAGCCGCUCGCAGACAGAGACGUGGUCCUCCUUCUGUACUUUGUUCUUGUCAUCCUGGUCGUCGGAAUUGUGAUCAUGAACUUGGUCACGGCGGUGAUCGUUAAUUCGAGCCUGGAGCAGGCGGCAAAGGAUAAGAGCUUGCUGCAUGCGAUCGAGGAGCAGAACCGGAAGAAGGUCCUAGCUGAACUGCGCUCCAUGUUCUUCCGCCUGGACCACGACAACUCGGGCGAGGUCUCCAGAGAUGAGAUAGCCGCAAUAGCUCCACGCGAGCAGAAGAUGCUGCGAGACCUGACCGGUUUCGACAACGCUGUGGAGCUCUUCGACGCGCUGGAUCUGCAGGAGUCUGGAGAGAUCGGAAUCGAGGAAUUCUGCAAGGGGCUGCAGCAGAUCGCAGUAUCCGAAAGCCCGCUGGAAAUCAAGCGCAUGCAGAAGCAGGUGGAGCACAUCCAGCACCACGUGGCAAAGUACAUGGCGGAAACGGACAAGAUGAAGUCGCUUCUUCAUGAACUUGUGUCUGGCAUGCAGAGGAUGGAAUCAGGUGUAAACUCCAUGUCCUCCGCUGCUUGGGUGGCAGGUGCCCCCAGCGACCAGAGACACAGCUUUGUUGCUGCACCACAAUUCUUCGCCCCAUUCGACACCUCCGGGCAGCGACCGGGUUGGGGUGGGGAGACGGCAGAAUCUGGCAGGGAGACGAACAAAGACAGCACUGAGAAUGGUGGGUCCUCUUCGCCGUCUACGCCCACGCCGAAAAAGAAAAGAGCUUCCAUAACAGCGAAGGCCACAGAGCUGGCCCGGAAGCUUGUGCCGGACACCUGGGGUCGAGGUUCUGCUGAUGAUCCAGGUCUCCCUCAACAUGAGCCUGCUCCUGCCUGGGCAGAAGAACUGAUACGCGACGUGCGGUCCUUGCGUUCGAUCACGCAAAGCUUCGUGUGCAGCUCUCUAGCAGAGCUGCAAGCGCGCUUGGCGACGCCAGGGCCGAGGGCACCUGCGGGCAUCUCCAGUGCAGGCGACCCCUACUACAUGGACAGUUCGGCGAACAGCCCGCAGGACCACUUUCACAUCAACGGACUUGGGGUGGCGCCGCCAGAGUCGGACGUGCGGUGCAAACACGAGUUUGCGUUGGCGCCGGCCAUCUUCGCCACGAGCGACAUCAAGCAUCACGUCAACAAAAUUCGCGCAGCCGCGUUUGCGCGGGAACAUGAGCAUGAUGCGGAGGGUAGGGGGCAGAAGCCGGGGCCGACUUGGCUCAGCCGCCGCAGCGCCGCAAAAGCAGUCCGUGGGCUGAUCGUGGCUUCAAGACCCAAAGCCACGUUGGCCACAACGCACCAGGCCAUUCCGACGUUGCAGCCACCCCAGGUCUUCGAGGACCCAGGCAAGACUGGAGCUUCGCGGAGCAACUGGGAAGACUGGAUGGUCAACCUGCGUGGCGAAGACGUGUGGCUUGCCGGUCCUCGCGACCUCUCCUGGUACACCGGCCAGCCGCCUUUGCCAGGGCUAUGCCCCGGAGUGUCGCCGGAUGGGGCCAUUCGGGCAUUGCCCAUGCCCAAUCUGAACAAGGUUACCCGAAAGCAAGUGCAGGAGUACUUCGACAACUCCUGGACGUUGGUCGAGGUGCUUUUCGCUGGCUUCCAUGGCGAGGAGCCCUUCUACCGUCCUCCGGUGCAUGGCUUGCGGCAUCCGCAAAUCUUUUACUACGGACACACUCCCUGCGUGUACAUCAAUAAGCUGCGGGUGGCCGGAGUGCUGAAGGAUGCAGUGGACCCGUACAUGGAGUCGAUCAUGGAGGUUGGAGUCGACGAGAUGCUUUGGGAUGACAUGCACAAGAAUGACAUGGUCUGGCCGACGGUGAGGGAGGUCCAAGAGUACCGGAAGAAGGUCUACAAAAUCUUGAGUGAGAUCAUUGCGACCCAUCCCGAUCUCGAGGACAAUAACGGCACUACGCCGGCAAAGAUUACCUGGGAUCACCCUUUGUGGGCCAUCUUCAUGGGCGCGGAGCACGAAGCCAUCCACCUCGAAACCAGCUCUGUACUCUUCCGGGAGACGCCCAGCCACCUGAUGCAGGUCCCGGCAUCCUGGCCUGGGCUGCACCCAUCGAGUCUCCAGACGAAGGCCCGAAGCCUUCGGCCGGAGGUGGGUCAGGACUUUCCAGAGAAUAAGAUGCUGAGUGUGAGCGGCGAGACAGUGAAGCUGGGAAAGCCGCGGGACUUUCCCAGCUACGGCUGGGACAACGAGUAUGGCCAUCGCAGCGUGCAAGUGCCCGACUUCAAGGCCAGCAAGUACAUGAUCACGAAUGGUGAGUUCUGGCACUUCGUGAUGUCCGGCGGCUACCGUACUGAGAAGUACUGGUCAGAGGACGGAUGGAACUGGCGCAAAUACCGGAACAUGAAGUGGCCUUUCUUCUGGGUCCAAGAUGGGCCACAGGGAUCGAUGAUGUUCAAGCUGCGGACCAUUUUCGAGGAGAUUGAUAUGGUCUGGAGUUGGCCUGUUGAUGUCAACUACCAUGAGGCUCGGGCAUACUGCGCAUGGAAGUCGGAGCAGGACGGGCUGGCUGGCAGCCCGGAGGCCUACCGAGUGAUCACAGAGGCCGAGCACCACCUGAUUCGCCAUCCCGAAGCACGUCCUGAGAACAUGGCCUCCAGCGCCUACGAUCGGGCGAUGCAUGCAGGUGGCGCAGAGUACGCGUCCGGCGGCUUAGAGGCAGCAAACGCCAACCUGGCCUAUGCUUCACAGUCUCCGGUCGAUGCACUUCCGGCAUCCCCCAGCGGUCACCACGACGCCAUGGGUAAUGCUUGGGAGUGGACAGAGGACCAUUUCAAUCCACUGGAUGGCUUCAAGGUCCAUUAUACCUACGAGGACUUCUCCACGCCGUGCUUCGAUGGACGCCAUCACCUGAUCAUGGGCGGAAGCUUCGUUAGUAAGUCCGACAAUGGCGCCUCCGGGUUCUGUCGAUAUCACUUCCGGCCUCAUUUCCUUCAGCACUCUGGCUUCCGGCUGGUUUCGUCGUCGUCGCCUCCCCCGGCCACGAGACUGGAUGCUCCCUUCACGCAGGGCGCCGACAUCGAGCAGGAGCAGGCUCCUCCAGCCUCCUUGGCCGCCGCGGCCGGGACCGGAGCAGUGGUCGCCGGCUCUGGGGGCUAUGAGACGCAACGUCUGGUGGACCAGUACCUCGGGCUCCACUUCCCAGCCUCGGGACUUGGCUAUGUUGACCCGAUCCUGGGUCACCCGUUUGCUCCGGAGCAUGCGCUGCGCUUCCCGCAGCGCGUUGCCAAGAUGCUCGCCGAGGCCGCAGUGACUGGAAGAGGAGGCAACCUCCGGGCAUUAGACAUUGGCUGUGCAGUGGGUGGAUCCUCCUUCGAACUGGCAGCCAGUGGCUUCAGCGAGGUUUUGGGCGUCGACUUCAGCAGUGCCUUCAUCAAUGCAGCCAACAAGAUGAAGGCUGGCGAGGAGGUUCGCUUCAAGCUGCCCAUAGAAGGACAGCUGGAGACCGAAAUCACAGCGGCACACGAAGCCAACGUGGACGUGGAAGAGCGGAAGCGGGUGACUUUCCGCACGGGCGACGCCUGCAGGUUGAAGGACGAGGUUGCGGAGCUAGGCCAGUUCGAUGGUGCCUUGCUGGCCAAUCUGCUCUGUCGGCUCCCAGAUCCAGUAGCAUGCUUGGAUGGGCUCGGUGUUCUUCUUCGCCCGGGGGCUGCAGCGGUCAUCCUCACGCCUUUCUCCUGGCUUGAGGACUUCACCCCCAAGCAAAAAUGGCUUGGCGGCUUCAUGGAUCCGAUCACGCAGACGCAGGUGCGGUCAAAGGAUCAACUUCAGAAGCUCAUGAAAGAGCGCGGCUUCGUGAAAAUCGGAGAGCAGCAGGUGCCGCUCCUCAUCCGCGAGCACCAGCGGAAGUACCAGUACAUCGUGUCAGAAGCUACCAUCUGGCGGAAGAAGUAA